AUGAAAACAGGUCAUUCUUCCAGAAUGCCAGAGGAAAGUUCACCAAAGCGGAGUCCUCAAAACAUCCCAUACAAGGACCUGCCCCAUAUCAUCAAUGCUGAUGGGCAGUAUCUCUUCUGCAGGUAUUGGAAGCCAGCAGCAACUCCCAGGGCCCUCGUGUUUAUCGCUCAUGGCGCUGGGGAACACUGCGGCCGCUAUGAUGACUUGGCCCAGAGGCUGACAGGACUUAACUUGUUUGUUUUUGCCCAUGACCAUGUUGGCCAUGGGCAGAGUGAGGGUGAUCGUAUGGUGGUCUCAGAUUUCCACGUCUUCAUCAGGGACAGCUUGCAGCACAUUGAUCUCAUGAAGAAAGAGCACCCCGAGUUGCCCAUUCUCAUUCUGGGGCACUCCAUGGGGGGAGCCAUCUCCAUUCUGACAGCUAGUGAGAGACCCAGUGAGUUUUCAGGCAUGCUGUUAAUCUCUCCUUUAGUGGUAGCCAGCCCAGAAGUCGCCACUCCCAUCAAGGUUUUUGCAGCGAAAGUGCUCAACUUUGUCCUCCCAAACCUGUCACUGGGAUCGAUAGAUCCAAAUGCAAUUUCCCGGAACAAGAAGGAGGUGGAGUGUUACACAUCUGAUCCCUUGGUCUACCAUGGUGGCAUGAAGGUCUCCUUCGUCAUCCAGCUGAUGAAUGCCAUUGCCAGAAUUGAACGAGCUCUGCCCAAGCUGACUUUGCCCAUUCUGGUGCUACACGGCUCUUCUGACAAGCUCUGCGAUAUCAAAGGGUCCUAUUUACUGAUUGACACGGUGCAGAGUCAGGACAAAACACUCAAGGUGUAUGAGGAAGCCUAUCAUGCCCUCCACAAAGAGCUGCCCGAGGUCUCUACCUCUGUCUUCACAGAAAUACUAACAUGGAUUGGCCAGAAGGUCUCAGCCGCUGGGGAAACCAGCCAUACUUAA